UAUGGAGUAACUACUUUUGUUAACACAGAUUUUUACAAUCAAAUCAACAGCUUCAAGUUGGCAUAAAUCAUUUAAAAAAAUUAUGAUAAGUUCUUUAUUUCUUUUAAAUAUUUUUAAAUUGAAUUUAUUAUUGUUGUGGGGUAUACGCUUUAAUUUCAUUAUUAUCCUUCACACUUCAAACCCAGAAUCUAUGUUCUCUCUCUCUCUGUCUUCCUGGAAAAUCAUGAAUUCUUGAAAUCCAAGCAAGAAUCACACGACCCAAUUCGUCUCCUUCUCUCUCCUUCCUCUUUUGGUAGAUCAGAGGAGAACAGUCGCAGGGGGAGGUGUAGUAGGUAACAGUCGCUUGUGCCUUUAGGGACGGGGUAACGGGGGUCUGGUCGAAUUGAAGAGGGAGAAAAUGCUUAGUAGUUCUGUAUUUCCGGCAGAGGACGACCUUCCUUCUCCUUUUGGCGAACUGGGUUCGAGCUUAUUGGGCUCAGAGCUCCGGGAAACGGCCUAUGAGGUUUUCGUGGGGGCCUGCCGGAGCUCCGGCGCCAAACCGCUGACCUACAUCCCGCAGUCGGAGAGGGCAGAGCGGUCUUCUUCGUUGUCGUUUUCGUCGUCAGCGGCCCCGUCGUUGCAGCGGUCGCUGACGUCGACGGCGGCUAGCAAAGUGAAGAGGGCUUUGGGUUUGAAGUCGUCGUCAGCGAAGAAGGGUACGAGCUCGGAAAAUUGGGGCAAGUCAAAGGGACCUGUGACCACUGGCGAGCUCCUGAGGUCCCAGUUGAGGGUUUCGGAGCAAACUGAUUCGCGGAUUCGCAGGGCACUUUUGAGGAUUGCUGCUGGCAAGCUUGGGAGACGCAUUGAGGCUAUGGUUCUGCCACUAGAGAUGUUGCAGCAGCUGAAGCUUUCAGAUUUUCCCAAUCAACAACAAUAUGAAGCAUGGCAAAGGAGAAACUUGAAGAUUCUUGAGGCAGGACUACUCCAGCAUCCCUACCUACCCUUGGAUAAGACAGACAGCUCCUCACAACGGCUUCAGCAGAUUAUUCAUGAGGCCUUGGAGAAGCCGAUGGAAACUGGAAAAAGCCAUGAGUCAAUGCAAGCCCUCCGGACCACUGUGAUGUCUCUUGCUUGCCGAUCUUUUGAUGGGUCUGUCACUGAGACAUGCCAUUGGGCAGAUGGGUUUCCACUGAAUCUCCAACUGUACCAGAUUCUUCUAGAAGCUUGCUUUGAUGCUAAUGACCCCACAUCCAUAAUUGAAGAGGUUGAUGAGGUAUUAGAACUCAUGAAGAAGACUUGGGUAGUACUUGGAAUGAACCAGAUGCUGCACAAUAUUUGUUUUGCAUGGGUUUUAUUUCUCCGUUAUGUUACAACUGGCCAAGUGGAGAAUGACUUGCUCUUUGCUGCUGAUAACCUGUUGGUGGAAGUUGAAAAGGAUGCAAAGGCAUCCAAGGAUCCAAUUUACACUAAGAUUUUGAGUUCUGUAUUGAGUUUAAUUCUGGGUUGGGCAGAGGAAAGGCUUCUUGCUUACCACAAUACUUUUUAUGGUGGCAAUUUUAAUUCAAUGCACAGCAUUGUUUCUCUGGGUGUAUCAGCAGCUAAGAUAUUGGCAGAAGAUAUCUCUCAUGAGUAUCAUAGAAAGGGGAAAGAAGACAUAGCUCGCAACAGGAUUGACACUUAUAUCAGAUCAUCAAUGCGCAGUGCUUUUGCUCAGAAAAUGGAGAAGGUGAGCUCAAGCAGGAAAGUUUCUAAGAACAAGCAAAAUUUGCCUCCUGUCCUUUGCAUGCUUGCACAAGACAUCAGCGAACUAGCUCUUAAUGAGAAGGAUACAUUUAGUCCGAUGCUUAGGAGAUGGCAUCCUCAUGCAACUGGUGUAGCUGUAGCCACCCUUCACGCUUGCUAUGGGAAUGAACUGAAAAAAUUUGUUUCAGGUGUCGAUGAGUUGACGCCAGAUGCUCUACAGGUUUUUAGAGCUGCUGACAAGGUGGAGAAAGACCUUGUGCAGAUUGCAGUUGAAGAUUCAGUGGACAGUGAGGAUGGUGGGAAGGCAAUUAUUCAGGAGAUGUCUCCUUAUGAAGCAGAAGCUGUUAUUGCCAAUCUGGUAAAGUCAUGGAUAAGGACAAGAGCUGACAGAAUGAAGGAAUGGGUCGACAGGAAUCUGCAACAAGAAGUAUGGAACCCGCGAGCAAAUAAACAGAACUUUGCUCCCUCUGCUGUUGAAGUCCUACGAUCUGUAGACGAAACUUUGGAAGCAUUCUUUCUGUUGCCCAUACCAAUGCAUUCAGUGUUGCUUCCUGAUUUGGUGAAUGGUCUUGACAUAUGUGUUCAACAUUAUGUAUUGAUGGCAAGGGCUGGUUGUGGGAGUAGAAGUACCUAUGUUCCUACAGUGCCUGCUUUGACCAGAUGUGCCACUGGAUCAAAAUUCCAUGGCGUAUUUAAGAAGAAGGAGAGGUCACAAUUACCUCAAAGGAAAUCUCAGGUUGGUACCAAUGGGCAUAACCCUGGGAUGCUGCAGCUAUGUGUUCGUAUCAACACAUUACAUCACAUCCGAAAAGAGUUGGAAGUUUUGGAGAAGAGGACAGUGACUCAUCUGCAGAAUUCUGAAUCCACUUAUGCAGAUAUUGCAAAUGGGUCAGGGAAAAGGUUUGACCUUUCAGCAGCUGCAUGCCUGGAAGGGAUCCAACAACUCUCUGAAUCAACUGCAUACAAGGUCAUCUUCCAUGAUCUAAGCCAUGUUCUCUGGGACGGCUUGUAUGUUGGGGAAGCUUCAUCUUCUAGAGUUGAGCCUUUUCUUCAAGAACUUGAGCAGAACUUGGAAAUCAUUUCAACCAUUGUGCAUGAUAGAGUUCGGACACGUGUUAUUACUGACAUAAUGAAGGCUUCUUAUGAUGGGCUCUUAUUGGUAUUGCUUGCUGGUGGCCCUUCCCGUGCCUUCAUGCAGCGACAUUCCGUAAUAAUUGAGGAGGAUUUUAAGUUCCUUAUGGACCUGUUCUGGUCCAAUGGGGAUGGAUUACCAGCAGAUUUGAUAGACAAGCACUCAACCAUUGUAAAAAGUGUGCUCCCUCUUUUCCAUACUGAUACUGAGAGCUUGAUUGAGCAAUUCAGAUGUGCGACUGUUGAAAGCUAUGGCUCUUCUGCAAAAUCAAAGCUUCCACUGCCUCCAACUUCAGGUCAGUGGAAUCCUACUGAGCCAAACACACUCUUGAGAGUUUUGUGUUACCGGAAUGAUGAAAAGGCAACAAAGUUCCUCAAGAAAACUUACAACUUAUCGAAAAAACUCUAACAACUUAUGAGUGAUGGGAGAUAGGUCACUUGAUGAAUGAGCUCUAAUAUAAGAACUGCUCUGGGUUCAUUCUUGUAGCAUUUCAAUAUUUAUUGUAGUACCACAGCAGAAAUUCCUAUAUUUCAAUUUGGUGGAAGCUUCGGUAGCAGUUCCCCCAAGAAAGCAAAUACUAAUCUAGUAUGGUAAAUUUUUUAUUGGAUUCUUUCGGUACAAAGUCCAUACUACUCAGUUACUCAAAAGACUUCCUGGGGAAGUAGGCUUGGUCUCUAUUUCAGAGGAUUAAUAAGGCUUGGGUGAGGAAUGCAGAUAUCCAAGGCAUUCCGUCCGACCAAUAUGCUAUGUUUAUAGACCACCUAUUUAAGCUGGUAAAGUUUUUUGUCCUUAUAUGUAAAUCUUUUUAUGAAAUUUGCACCUUCUCGCAAACCCCCACAGUGGAAGAUAAUUGUUAAAUUGCAGAAGAGGGAAAGAAAAGUGGCAAAUGCGAUACUACAGGAAUUGUUAGCCGUUUGGCAAGUAUUGUUCUCUUUUUUUGCAGUUUGGAUAUUCUGUAGUGUUUAAGUUGUCUUAUUUAUGCUUUCUGAGGUUUUAAAGCAGGAAAUCUGCAUUUCCUUCUUGUACUUUUUACACUUUGCAUGGGAGCAUUCUUAAAUGUGUACGCUUCAGUCAUUUGGAUUUUUGAGGAUUAAUACAAAGCAAAAUAUACUGUUGUAUUGUGUUUUGUUUAAA